CGUAAACUUAUGCUAUCUUUUUUUCUUCUAUAUAUAUAACCAUACAUUGUUCUUUGUAUCUGAAAACCGGUUAAUAAUGGCAGCUGGUAGCUCCAAAUGGUUUUCCAAUAAGAGUUUGAAGCUUAUAAGACUUCCUGGUCUGCGCUCAAAAUCCAGGUCCUCAACCUCAAGCUCUACAACAUCAUCUCCCCUUGUUUCACAAAAAAAAAGCUCCAAAGAAGAGCAGCUUCAGCAAGUAUUUCGCCACUUUGAUAGUAAUGGAGACGGACUGAUUUCAUGCGAGGAACUUCAAUCAUACUUCGAGUCUGUAGAAUUUCAGGAAUUUGUCCGAUUAGUGGAAGGUAAUAAUAAGGAGGCAGAUGAUGAUGAUCUUAGAAGAGCUUUUCAGAUGUUUGAAGCUGACAAGGGAUCGGGGUGUAUUACACCAAGAGGAUUGCAACACAUGUUAAAUCGUUUAGGAGAUGUGAGAUCACAUGAAGACUGUGUUUCAAUGAUUCGCGUCUUUGAUCUUGAUGGCAAUGGAGUGCUUGAUUUCCAUGAAUUUCGCCAAAUGAUGGCUUCCUCUUAA